AUGGCUGCCAAUGGUUCUGGGCUGCAGUACCCAAAGUCUAACGCCAAGAGUCUGAAUGCACUGCGGCAGGAGGCGUUCCGCACCGCGGAAGAGCUCACGUUCAACAUGAGCGUUGAUAUGACGCGACCCAAGCACGGUAGUGACGCUGACGGCAAUGAAGCGGUUUGGCGGCAAGAGUCCCGCGAGUUCAAAUCAUUGGCGGCGUUGCCAGCCGCAAAGCUGGCCGAGGAGAUUAUGCGGCUCGACCACAAGCUGGCAUCACAUGCGGAACAGAUUGCUCGGCCGAAGAAGCGCCCUGUGUCUCGAGAAAGUGGUGUCGCGGUCGUCAGUUACGAGGACCUUGCCGCUGCCGUCGAGAGAGCGCAGCGUCAGAUGGAGAACGCGGCUCUGGUCUUGGAGGAGGAGUCGAAGGCUCUCGCGUUAGAGAGGGUUGCACUUAGGGAUCAGCGGAACCAGGAGGCAUUGGUUCUCAGUCGCGUUGAUGCGAGGCUGGGACAGUUGCAGGGGGUGAUGGUCGACUCCAUGGAAGGUGCUCAGAAGAAGCUGACAGACGAGGUCUCGCGGAAAAUAGACAACAUGUCGUCCGCGGUCUCGGCCACAACAGAGCGUGCCAUCACCACUAGCGGGGUCACCAACGCACUGCACACAAUCAUUUCCCUUGUUGUCGGGAGCCCGCCGCCGCGCAUGGACGUGGAAGAACAACACGCAACGGAGGGUGCAGAACCCGGAGACACGGAGCACGGGAAGCGGGCCGCGGGUGCGAAGGCGGAGAACCAGCGGGGGCCGAUGAGGCAGAGAGGUCCACAGGCAGCGCCCGUGGUACGCCACCAGAAGUGGGGGACUGCAUCGCGGGGUGCUGGACAAUCUGCUCCACCGGGUUCGAGCUCGCGCUCUGUCCCCGCCGGAGAAUUAGCGCCGAAACCCCCACUCCAUGCGCAGGCAAACGCGAUGCCGACGGCGACAGCAUGCAAGGGCAAAGGGAAGGCGGAGGUGGAGGAGCCGGCUACAACUGGAAAGAGGGUUGUGAAGCUUGAGGUUUUGCCCGCGACGGCCGCGGCGUCGCAGGAUGCCAAGCGUCCCGCGAUCGCACCCGCACAAACAGGCCAGCAUGGACACAGCGCCAGCGCCUCUGCAGGACCAAGCGCGGCCGUGGUUGAGCAGAAGAGCAAGAAACGCGGCCGCGGUGCCAAGAUGCCGCCUCCUCCUCCAGUGUACACCAUCGACGAGGACGGUGAGGAGGAGCUGGAGAAUCUCUGCAAUUUGUGGGUCGGGCCGACUGGAGACGGAGGUGAACAGGGUGGCGAGGGCGGACAGGCCGCGGUCGAGGUUGAUAGUGACGGGGAAAGUGCGGACGAGGAAGACGGCCACACCCUGGUGGUGACAGUUGGCGAAACGGGUGGACAGGGUGACACUGGCCCUAAGCGCAGGGGCUGUGGUAUCCGCCCUCCACCCAGGGGUGGACCAGGCUUGAUUUCUGAACUGCACUUGGGGGGGAAGAAGCGUUGGCUAGGACACGGAGAGCGCAAGGACCUGCAAUAUAAGACCGCGGUCGCAAUGAUGCCGUACGACCUGAAGGUGGACCCUGGCCUUAACCUGACCCCCAAGCAGCUCCGAACGUGGGCCGCGGACUUGUUUGCUGCCAUGGAGUUACAUACGGGCCUGCUCAUCACCAUGCACUACCGCGAUAGACAACAGAACCCCAAGUACAUUGCGACCGCGAUACUUAUGCACUCCUGCCACACGGUCGAGCUUGUGGAGCACAACCGCGAUGUCGUCUCCUUGCGCUACCCUGUGGGCGAUGAAGUCCAUGACUCGCUUGACACGAUUUAUCGCGUUCUGGCCGCCUUCUUCCUUUCCAAUGAGCUCGGUCAAUCGCGCACUCUCCCCCCAUUCGCACUACCCCCAUUCCCUCUCCCACUGGUCCCUCUUCCCGCGUUCCCGCUCCCACCAUUCCCUCUCACACCUGUCCCUCUCCCAGUGUUCCCUCUCCCCGCGUUCCCUCUCGCACCAGUCCCUCUCUCCAUGUUCCCUCUCGCACCAGCCCCUCUCCCCGCGUCCCCGCUCGCACCAGUCCCUUUCUCCGCGUUCCCUCUCGCACAUGCCCGUCUCCCCGCGUUCACGUAUGGUUGA